CAACCUUUGACUCCCAAGACCAGGCAAUAAAUGCCAUCGAUUGAUUUAGCUGCCGUACUUCAAUCUUGUCAUGCUUCCCUCCACCUUCACGGUUUUCUUCCAAAGUCUAGUGCAAUGCUCUGCCCUCAGGGAGUUUACAGUCUAACUGGGGAGAAGGAAGGCACCAGCAAACUCUUCGCAGAGGGUGGGAACAGGAGGAAAAGCAAAGCGACAAUUGGUAAAAAGUGAAGACAGUUAAAUGUCGUCAGAAGACCGAGAAGCCCAGGAGGAUGAAUUGCUGGCCUUGGCGAGUAUUUAUGAUGAAGACGAAUUUAAAAAGGCAGAGUCUACCCAAGGUGGAGAAACCAGAAUCUGUCUGGAAUUGCCCCAGAAUUUCAAAAUAUUUGUGAGUGGCAAUUCGACUGAAGGUCCCCAGAAUGGUGGCUUUGAAUACACCAUUUGCUUUCUGCCUCCUCUGGUGCUGAAUUUUGAAUUUCCACCAGAUUAUCCUUCAACCUCCCCUCCGGCAUUCACACUCAGUGGGAAAUGGCUUUCACGUGCUCAGCUGACGGCCCUGUGCAAGCACUUGGACAACCUGUGGGAAGAGAACCGCGGCUGCGUGGUGAUGUUCGCCUGGAUGCAGUUCCUGAAGGAGGAGACCCUCGCCUACCUGAACAUCGCCUCCCCCUUCGAGCUCAAGCUGAGCCCCCAGGCCACCGGGCCCGGCCUGGCCCCCUCCCAGGCCCCCGCCCAGGGCGAGGCAGAGCCCGCCGCCCCCGACGACCGGGCCGUACAGGACGUGGAGUCUCUGUCCAGCCUGAUCCGGGAGAUCCUGGACUUCGACCAGGCUCAGCAGAAGAAGUGCUUCAACAGCAAGAUGUACCUGUGCCACAUCUGCUUCUGCGAGAAGCUGGGCCGCGAGAGCAUGUACUUCUCCGAGUGCCGGCACGUGUACUGCCGAGCCUGCCUCAAGGACUACUUUGAAAUACAGAUCAGGGACGGCCAAGUCCACUGCCUCAAUUGCCCAGAGCCAAAGUGCUCCUCGGUCGCCACUCCCGGCCAGGUGAAGGAGCUGGUGGCCGAAGAGCUGUUCGCCCGCUACGACCGCCUCCUCCUGCAGUCCAGCCUGGAUCUCAUGGCGGACGUGGUAUACUGCCCGCGGCCGGACUGCCAGACGCCCGUGAUGCAGGAGCCCGGCUGCACCAUGGGCAUCUGCUCCAGCUGCAACUACGCCUUCUGUACGCUCUGCAAGAUGACCUACCACGGCGUCUCUCCAUGCAAAGUCACCGCAGAGAAGUUAAUUGACUUACGAAACGAAUACCUUGAAGCAGAUGAGGCCAAUAAAAGGUUUCUGGAGCAGCGGUAUGGCAAAAGGGUGAUCCAGAAAGCCCUGGAAGAGAUGGAGAGUAAAGAGUGGCUGGAAAAGAACUCUAAGAGCUGUCCCUGCUGUGGCACCCACAUAGAGAAAUUAGAUGGAUGUAACAAGAUGACGUGUACCGGCUGUAUGCGGUAUUUCUGUUGGAUCUGCAUGGGUUCUUUGUCUAGAGCAAAUCCCUAUCGACAUUUCAACGACCCAUCUUCCCCGUGUUUUAACCGGUUGUUUCAAGCCGUGGACGUGGAUGUUGACAUCUGGGAGGACGAGAUCGAAGAUUAGAUCACUUCUGUACCGCCCGGGGGAUGAGAGAUGAGACUGGCGUGGAUCUCACUGAUCAGCAGGUCAAGUGCUCUAGCACCGAAUCCAUGACCCUGCAAGAGGGUUAGCCGAAAGAUCCCCUUCCCGUCUGAGAGAAGCUGGAAGAACUUGGUUUCGAUUGCCAUUCUCUGAUGGUUAAGGCAUGUAUCUAUUUUUCCACUGUUACAGAAAGUGAACAAAACCUCAAGCCAAAGGUUUAGAAAACAAAAGCGAGUCAAAGGAAAGUUAGCUACCAGAGUGACCGAGUCUAACCGGGUGAGGGUUGCUUUCCGCGGUUUUUUUUUCCUGUCCAAUAAUGCUUGAAUUUCUAGAGCACUUUUGUUUUCCAAAGUGUUUUCUUAGCGUCAGCCUCAUUUUGGGUCCUCGGUCUCUGUACAGGUAGGAGGUGCAGGAAUUGUGACCCGUUAUUCCUAGAUAAGGAAACUGGGGCGCAGCGGGGCUUGAGUUACUUGGCCAAGGGCACGGAGCAGAGCCGGGAGGUAGUUCUGAUCGCCUGACUCCCAAGAUACACACCCAUCCCCCCAGAUCCCGUAGCCUUGGAAAAAUCCAUCUCUGACCCUGCUUGAGGAAAAAGCCAACUCUGUGCUGGGCCUGUUUUUGCAGGAAUGGGGCCGUGCAGACAAGGGAAGCGUUUUCGGUGCCACCAACUGCCCGCCUCUGUUCCAGGAACCCAGAGUGGGGCAGGCCCAACUGACCGACGGGUUGAAUCUCGGGGCUGCUCCAGCUCGGGGUCCUCCACACCCUGCCUCCCACACUUGGUGUCGGGGAAGGGGCACCUCAAGGCAGUUCCAAGAGUCCAAGCAGACUGGAAUGGGGGGUGGAUAUCUUCCAGCCCCCCGGACUGCGGCUGUCCAGAGAGACCCCCUUCACUUCAGGUCCAUAACGAAGCACACCCCUGACCCAAACUCCCACCAGGUCAAAAAACAACAGCCCUAUCCACACGACCUCAAACGGUUCUCGGCCAGUGUAAAUCCCCCUUUGGUUUGGUCCAAAACCAUACCCUGCUUCUCAUCGCAGCUUGAAGUGGCGACGGAGGAUCUGAGUGGUUUUUGCCUCAUCCCGGCUCAGCCACCUUUGUCCGAUUAGGUGCUUAAAUGCGUUUUCUCUCUCUCUCUAACCCACGGGCCCUUCUCCUGCCUUUGAGGCUCCGCUCUAAAUGCCAAAUUGCAGAAAAAAGUCCCAGGAGCGCUUCUCUUGGAGCCCCUCGAGGGCCACCGCCCGGGUCACGGGAAGUCCUGCUUCCCCCCAACCACUCACUUGGUCUUGGGGCGUCGGGGCCUACCGAACCAGAGAUUGAACGGAAGGGAGGUUGGUACCCCCUGGGCUUCAGGCCUAUGGGAAGCUAAGAGGAUCCUCCAGUUAUUUACAAGCAUCGCAUCUUCCUGUUCUGCUAGCAUGGGGUCUAAGCCAGAAGUCGGCAGGGGUCAGUGGCUGCCACGCAGGAGUAAAUGAAGUCAUUCUUUUUUUAAUUAGGGCAGAUCCGGUUCUGACGUGAACUUACCGUUUUUAAUUAGUUACAAAAUCGCGUUCUGGCUUCCUGCUCCGUUUCUCCCGUCGGGUUCCGAAAACUUGCUUCGCCAUCAGGUAGUUCUGUUUGCAGAUUUUAAAGUUUCUGCCCUUGGAAUAGAGGGUUUUGCAUCUGAGCCAUUUCAGCUGGGUCUCAAUAGUUGCAGUCCUCUUCUCUGGCCCCCUCCAUACCUUCUCCCCCAGGAAAGGAAGAUACGCCCUCCUUAACACCGAAGGCGUGGGGAAAGACGCCUAGUCGAAACUCACCUGGGUUUCAACGAUUCAGCUGAACCAUUUUAGAUCCCCAACGGGCAUUCUUAGAAGUCAGCGAGUCAAGGCAGCAGGAUUCUGGUGAGCUGUGCCACCUUGGGAAAGGGAGGUCACCAUGGAGUCUUUCUUCUUGAAGUGGCUUGUUCAAACGCAUCCAAGUCCAUAAAAAGGAAGGACCGUCUGAGGGCCGCAUUGGCUCGGCUGCCAGUUAAAUUCAAAGGAAUAUCCUCUUUCCCCGGCCUCUACUGCCCCUGCAGCAGGCCUGCCGGACGAAGGUAAAGAUGGAAGCGUUUGAAGCCACACUUACCUUCUUCCCCCCGCUCCUAAACAUGAAGGACCUGUUUAACAAAACCUGAGCCCCAUCUAUCGGGUGAGGUUGCUUUUUUCUCCGCUGCAGCAAAAUCAUUCAUUCUUAAGGACUAUGAGCACUUUCCACAAGCACUGAAUUCACUUUAGAAAGCCAAUUACGGGACUUCUAGGGCUGACCUCUAUUAGUGAAGGGAGUUCUGGUCCACCAUCACUCUCUUCAGACUUUGGCAGCCCUAGGUUACAGAGCUGGGAUUAGAACUUGGGUCUGCCACCUCCCAGGCCUGUGGUGUUUCCACUAGGCCACGGUGCCAUAGUUUGCCAGCGAGCAGCCCGAGGCGAGAAUGUGGUUUGGACUCAAGGCAAGAGCGUCUACCUUUACUGUCUCACCUCAUCGGAGAUUUACCGUUACUCAACAAGAAUUGUUCGUCAGUUCGUCGUGAAUUUCAUCCCCGGGUCGGUGCGUUGGGAGAGCGUAUUGAUUCUGCAAAGACAUAGGGUUUCUCCUAAUGUAGCCGGAGACGGUGAAGGUACGGGUAAAGGGGAGCGGGCAUGGACUGCUGGAUGGUAAACUCUUAAAGGACAGGGAACGUUUUGAAUUCUCCUAAAUGUGCUUUGCCCUCCACAAGUUCCAGUGAUUGUAGAGUGUAAAUAAACUCUUCAAGGGCAGGGACCAUGUCUUUCACUUCCACAGUUUGCUCCCAGCACCUAGAAUAAUGCUCUGUACAGAGUGCAUGCUCAGUAAAUACCGAUAACGAUGAGGGCGUUCUGGCCGGCUUUGAAGAUACCGUGUAUUAGAAAACGAAGGGUGGAGGUGGAGUGUGAACAAUUGUAAAGGAUUAAAGAGUGUUUCAGGUUAAAAAAAAAAGA